GAGCGGGUUUUCCCAGCGCUCGCUCGCCGUGGGUCUUUCUUCGCCCUUGAGCUUCUUCUCAAGCACCGCUACAGUCUCCCCCCCCCUGCUGCACACCGCAUCCUUCCGCCCACGUUCUGAAUCACUACCGCAGCCAUGGUCAAGUACAUUAUCGUCACCGGCGGCGUCAUCUCGGGUGUCGGCAAGGGCAUCAUCGCUUCCUCCACCGGCCUGUUGCUUCGCACCCGCGGCCUCAGGGUCACCUCGAUCAAAAUCGACCCCUAUCUGAACAUCGAUGCUGGAACCCUCUCUCCGCUGGAUCACGGCGAGGUCUUUGUUCUCGAUGAUGGCGGUGAGGUUGAUCUUGACCUCGGAAACUACGAGCGUUUCCUGGACGUCACCCUGACCCGCGACAACAACAUCACUACCGGAAAAAUCUACCGGGACGUCAUUGAGCGCGAGAGAAAGGGAGACUACCUCGGCAAGACCGUCCAGGUCGUUCCUCAUAUCACCAACGCCAUCCAAGACUGGGUUGAACGUGUCGGCAAGAUCUGUGUCGACGGAAGCGGCCAGGAGCCCGAUGUGUGCAUUGUCGAGCUCGGCGGCACCGUCGGCGACAUCGAGUCGGCUCCCUUCAUCGAGGCCAUGCGCCAAUUCCAGUUCCGUGUCGGCCACGAGAACUUUUUCCUCAUCCAUGUCUCGCUCAUUCCUGUCGUCGGCUCUGUCGGCGAGCAAAAGACCAAGCCCACCCAAGCUAGCGUCCGCGAUCUGCGCGGCCUGGGUCUCUCGCCGGACUUGAUUGUCUGCCGCAGCACCAAGCCCCUGGAAGAGGGCAUCCAGGGCAAAAUCUCCAUGUUCUGCCACGUCUCUCCCAAGAACGUCAUGGCCGUCCACGACUGCAAGUCCAUCUACCACGUGCCCCUGCUGCUCCACCAGCAGGGCAUCAUCGACGUCAUCGAGGAGAAAUUCAACAUCAAGCCCAUCCCCAACCCUGCUGCCCAAGCUCUGUUCACCAAAUGGAAGCAGCUGGCGGACCGCAACACCCGCUACGACGACGUGGUCACCAUUGCCCUUGUUGGCAAGUACACCGACCUGCACGACUCGUACAUCUCGGUCGUCAAGUCUCUUGAGCAUGCCUCGCUUUCCCUGAGCCGCAAGCUUACCAUCGAGUGGAUCGAGUCGUCUGAUCUCGAGGCCUCGGUGCAGCAGACCGACCCGGUCAAGUACCACAACGCAUGGAAGAACCUGGUCUCGGCCAAGGGCAUCCUCGUUCCCGGUGGCUUUGGAGGCCGCGGUACCGAGGGCAUGAUCAUCGCUGCUAAGUGGGCACGCGAGAACAAGAUCCCGUAUCUCGGCAUCUGCCUGGGUCUCCAAAUCGCCGUCAUCGAGUUUGCACGAAACGUUUGCGGCAUUACCGAUGCCGAUUCUGCGGAAUGGAACGAGACCACCCCCAACCCCGUUGUUAUUUUCAUGCCUGAGAUUUCCAAGACUCAUCUCGGCGGAACGAUGCGUCUGGGCGACCGCCCCACCAUCUUCACGGACGGCAGCACCAACAGCAUCACCCGCCGUCUGUACGAUGGUGCCGGCGAGAUCCACGAGCGCCACCGUCAUCGUUACGAAGUCAACCCCGAAUUCAUCGAGCAAAUCGAGAACAAGGGCCUUUCGUUCAUCGGUCGUGAUGAGAAGGGCGAGCGCAUGAUCGUCUUGGAGCUUCCUGACCACCCUUACUUUGUGGCCACCCAGUUCCAUCCUGAGUACAAGACUCGCCCGCUGGGUCCCCGGCCCGUCUUCCUGGGUCUGAUCCUGGCCGCCUCUGGCCUCCUGCCCGAGUACCUGGAGUCACUCAAGACCAGCAAGGCCGCUGGAUCGAAGCCCAAGCUUGGACGAUACCAAAGCGUCUUGAGCGUUAACGAGGAGAACUAAAUCCGCCGCAUUGCGCCCAUGAGGGGAGAGGAAUCCAUGAG